GGAAGGCGGUGUCCCCAGAGACGCGGUGGGCCUGGUCGAGCCAGCCGCCCUCCCGGCGGUCCCUCCGUUGCCUCUCGCGGUGCUGCCAAGCCACGCUUUUCAUCUUAGGUUUGACCCGUGGGUUCCAGUUACAGUACUCUAAGACUGGUUUCUAAAGGUACGGUUUUCACCCCACUUCAUCAACGCACAUAAGUUUUCUCCUUUUUGGACCUCUAUUUUAUACCACAAUGCAACAAGCUUUAGAACUAGCUUUGGAUCGUGCGGAGUAUGUCAUUGAAAGUGCCCGACAGAGACCUCCUAAAAGGAAAUAUCUAUCUAGUGGAAGAAAAUCAAUAUUUCAAAAACUUUAUGAUUUAUAUAUUGAAGAAUGCGAAAAAGAGCCUGAGGUUAAGCAGAAAUUAAGAAGAAAUGUGAACUUGUUAGAGAAGCUUGUUAUGCAGGAGACAUUGUCAUGUUUAGUGGUCAACCUAUACCCAGGAAAUGAGGGAUAUUCUCUGAUGCUCAGGGGAAAAAAUGGAUCAGAUUCUGAGACCAUUCGACUGCCUUAUGAAGAAGGGGAAUUACUUGAAUACUUGGAUGCAGAAGAAUUACCUCCUAUUUUGGUUGAUCUCCUAGAAAAAUCUCAGGUUAAUAUUUUUCACUGUGGAUGUGUCAUAGCAGAAAUACGUGACUACAGGCAGUCCAGUAACAUGAAAUCUCCUGGUUACCAAAGUAGGCACAUUCUCUUACGUCCAACAAUGCAGACUUUAAUCUGUGAUGUACAUUCAAUAACAAGUGAUAACCAUAAAUGGACCCAGGAAGACAAACUUCUGCUUGAGAGCCAACUGAUUCUAGCUACAGCUGAACCACUGUGUCUUGAUCCUUCUAUAGCUGUAACCUGCACUGCAAACAGGCUGCUCUAUAACAAGCAAAAGAUGAACACGCGCCCAAUGAAACGGUGUUUCAAGAGAUAUUCCAGGUCCUCUCUGAAUCGGCAGCAGGAUCUGUCUCAUUGUCCACCUCCUCCUCAGCUAAAAUUACUUGAUUUCUUACAAAAAAGAAAGGAAAGAAAAGCAGGUCAGCAUUAUGACCUCAAAAUUUCUAAAGCAGGAAACUGUGUGGAUAUGUGGAAACGGAGUCCCUGUAAUUUGGCCAUACCUUCUGAAGUGGAUGUGGAAAAAUAUGCCAAAGUGGAAAAAUCUAUCAAAUCUGAUGACUCACAACCAACAAUCUGGCCAGCCCAUGAUGUAAAAGAUGACUAUAUAUUUGAAUGUGAAGCUGGUAAUCCAUAUCAGAAAACAAAGCUGACCAUUUUGCAGUCACUUGGUGAUCCACUUUACUAUGGUAAAAUACAGCCAUGUAAAGAAGACGAAGAGAGUGACAGUCAGAUGUCUCCAUCCCACUUCUCCACAGAUGAUCAUUCAAAUUGGUUCAUUAUUGGAUCAAAGACUGAUGCUGAGAGAGUAGUCAGUCAGUACCAGGAACUGGUCCAGAACGAAGCCAAGUGUCCAGUGAAGAUGUCGCAUAGCUCCAGUGGCUCAGCGAGCUUGAGUCAGCCUUCUCCAGGGAAGGAAACAGAACAGCCGGAGACCCUGUCAGUUCAGUCUUCAGUAUUGGGGAAGGGAGUAAAACAUCGACCUCCACCCAUCAAACUUCCCUCAAGCUCAGGAAAUAGUUCCUCAGGUAACUAUUUUACACCACAGCAGGUCAGCAGCUUUCUUAAAUCUCCAACUCCUCCUCCUGCUUCUAAGCCACCAAGUCUUUCUCGGAAGUCAUCCAUGGAUCUCAAUCAAGUUAGCAUGCUUUCUCCAGCUGCCCUGUCACCUGCCAGUUCAUCACAAAGAUCUGGAACUCCUAAGCCAUCUACUCCUACACCAACCCCUUCAUCGACCCCACACCCUCCUGAUGCUCAGAGCUCAACUCCUAUUACCCCUUCAGCUACCCCUACUCCCCAAGAUUCAGGCUUCACCCCUCAGCCCACUUUGUUAACUCAGUUUGCUCAGCAGCAAAGGUCUCUGAGCCAGGCAAUGCCUGUAACGACCAUUCCUCUUUCCACCAUGGUAACAUCUAUAACUACAGGAACCACGGCCACCCAAGUCAUGGCAAACUCUGCUGGACUUAACUUCAUCAAUGUAGUGGGCUCUGUUUGUGGAGCUCAAGCUUUGAUGAGUGGUUCAAACCCUAUGCUGGGCUGUAACACUGGUGCCAUAACUCCUGCAGGAAUAAACUUGAGUGGCCUUCUACCCUCAGGAGGUCUGCUACCAAAUGCAUUGCCCAGUGCAAUGCAGGCAGCUUCUCAAGCAGGUGUUCCAUUUGGUUUAAAAAAUACUUCAAGUCUCAGGCCCUUAAACCUACUCCAGCUUCCAGGUGGCUCGCUCAUUUUUAACACACUGCAGCAGCAGCAGCAGCUUUCUCAGUUUACACCACAGCAACCUCAGCAACCCACAACUUCUGUUCCUCAACAGCCAGGGGAGCAGGCUUCUGAACAAAGUUGUACCAGUCAAGAACAGGCCUUAUCUGCUCAGCACACUGCAGUUAUUAACCUUGCUGGAGUAGGAAGUUAUAUGCAGUCACAGGCAGCUGUGUUGUCUCAGCUUGGCUCUGCCGAGAACAGACCUGAGCAAAGCCUUCCUCAGCAGAGAUUCCAGCUCUCCUCUGCCUUUCAACAGCAGCAGCAACAGAUCCAACAGUUGCGGUUCUUGCAGCAUCAAAUGGCUAUGGCGGCAGCAGCAGCAGCACAGACAGCUCAGCUACAUCGUCAUCGGCAUACAGGCAGCCAGUCAAAAAGUAAAAUGAAGAGAGGCACGCCAACCACUCCAAAAUUCUGAGGCUUGCAUUAUUUUUUUUUUAAAAAACGUAAGAGCAUUGAAUCAAAAGGAUUCUGAGUUUCUACUUUGUUUUUGUUUUUUAACGUGUCAGUAUUUUACAUUGCUAGAUAUACAAACUUUAUACAGAAGCACAACCCUAUGAUUUUUAAAUAAAAACAGGGAAAUGGUUUAACGAACCAUUAGGGUGAGUUUGCCUAAGUCAUUGCUUUUUAAAAAUGGUUUCACUGUACAUAAUACAGAAGUGACCUAAGAAAUACUAGAAACAUCUUUCAGAAGAAUGUAGUUUGAUAUUUAUUUAGUAUAAAAGGUUUGUGCACAGUGUAACAAAUACAGUUUUUACAAAUCUG